GAAGACACGGUACAUUUGGUGUGCCUUUGGUUCAAACAGAAACGGGGAUUUUUGAGCUGCUGCUGCUGCUGCUGCUGCAUACUCGGACAAAAGCCAAACAGGCAGGUGAGAGCCGAAACAGCAAAAAAACACAUUCAGCAGUGUGGGAAGAGAAAGAUAAGAGCUCGAGGGCCCAAAGUUGUAUUUUUCCCUUUAUAGGUCUAAGGAUUUUGCUCUUACUUAUUUGUCUUGUGCGUUGAUCCCGUCGAUCUCCAUAUACGAGAGAGACUCUUCGGUUAUAGGAACAGGGGCUUGCUUUUUAGAUCAGCGCAGUAUCCUCAAGCACCAUUGAUACUAGUCCCCCCACAUCACUAUGAGUACAAGCUCGUCAAGGCCAACGCAAUGCACGCCAUUACUAUCUUCAACGAAUUUACACCAACGACGUGGCUCAUAUCUACAGAGGCGUGCGUCCUUCCAUGCAGAGAUUCCAGUUAACGACCUCGAUGGAGAGACCGCGGAGAAGGGUGAACAGAGUAAGCUAGGUACGUUUGACGGCGUGUUCAUGCCCACAGCUUUGAACGUGUUGAGCAUCUUGAUGUUCUUACGUUUUGGAUUCAUCAUUGGUCAAAUGGGGGUGCUGGGUACUUUUUUGCUCUUGUUCAUGUCCUACUUUGUUGACCUCUUGACUACGUUAAGUAUCAGUGCCAUUGCUACCAACGGCACAGUGAGAGGUGGAGGUGCGUACUAUAUGAUUUCGAGGUCCCUUGGCCCUGAGUUUGGAGGAAGUAUAGGCCUGGUCUUUUACAUUGGACAGGUGCUGAACUCUGGUCUGAACGUUGUGGGUUUUAUAGAACCAUUCUUAAACAACCUGGGACAGGAGAACGGUAUCAUGGCACAUUGGCUUCCAGAAGGUUAUUGGUGGCAGUUUAUGUAUUCUUCAAUAUUGCUAUCACUCUGCAUAGGUGUUGCACUUGUUGGAAGUACACUGGUCUCCAAAGCUGGAGGAAUACUGUUUGUUCUACUCAUAGUGGCCACGAUAUCAGUACCGAUAUCGGCCAUAUUUGUGAAACCUUUCUACGUACCAGAGUUUGACAUCCUGUACACAGGUCCAACUUGGCAAACAUUCAAGGAGAACCUCAUGCCCCAUUUCACGAAAGGUGCUGCGGGCUCCCAAAUGAGCUCCAGAGAGACCUUUAACGAUCUGUUUGGUAUAUUCUUCCCAGCAACAGCUGGUAUAUUUGCCGGUGCUAGUAUGUCUGGUGAUUUGAGAAAGCCCUCGAAAUCCAUUCCAAAGGGCACACUAUGGGGACUCUUGCUCACAUUUGUGAUGUAUUCUCUAGUAAUAUUGUCUUUGGGAAUGUCAGUACCGAGAAAGUUGCUGCAUAAGGACAUCCAAAUUGUCCAGACCGUGAACUUGUCUCAGAUGCUUGUGCUAAUCGGAGAAUUUUCAACAUGUCUAUUCUCUGUCAUUGUCGGUGUGGUUGGUGCUGCCAAUGUCCUUCAGGCCAUUGCAAAGGAUGCCAUCAUACCAGGGCUCAAGACUUUCAGCAUAGUUAGAGGCCAAAAUGCAAUCCCAGCAAUCUUGUUCACUUGGUUCUUGACACAACUGUGCAUCUUUGCAGAUGUCAAUCAAAUUGCGACGUUUAUUACCAUGGCAUUCCUGAUGACCUUUAUAGUGACAAAUUUAGCCUGUUUCCUGUUGAAAAUUGCGUCUGCACCAAAUUUCAGACCUUCAUUCAAGUACUUUGACUGGUACACAGCUUUAGCUGCGCUGAUAUCUUCAUUCAUCGCAAUGUUCAUAGUGGAUGGUAUUUAUGCAUCGCUAAUGAUCAUUUUCUUGAUGUUGCUCUUCAUCUUCAUCCAUUAUGUGUGCCCUCCAAAAAGUUGGGGUGAUGUUUCACAGAGUUUGAUCUAUCACCAAGUCAGAAAGUACUUACUAAGGUUGAGACAGGAUAACGUCAAAUAUUGGAGACCGCAAAUUUUGCUUCUGGUUGAUAGCCCUCGAAGCUCAUGGAAUCUGAUCCAAUUUUGUAAUAACUUGAAGAAAGGUGGGUUGUAUAUUCUUGGGCAUGUGAUCAUCACGAAGAGUUUCCAGACAAACUUUGCUGAACUGAAAUCUCAAGAAAGUGCUUGGUUAAAACUUCGUGAUCUAACCAAGAUAAAAGCGUUUGUACAGAUCGGAUUGGGCCCUACACUGCCAUGGGGUGUGAGAAAUGUUAUUUUGGGGUCUGGCCUGGGUGGAAUGAAACCAAACAUUGUUGUGUUAGGAUACUUUGAUAUUAGUACCCACUACAGGACCCAACCAAACAGUAAAAAGGCCAACGCCCAAGUUGUUGAUAUGGAGAGUCUGCCAACAGAUGCUUGUCGUAAUGAAGAAAGAGUAAGCAUACAAAACUGGGUUUCAAUAAUUGAGGAUAUGGUGCUCAUGCGUACGAAUAUUGCUGUUGCCAAAGGAUUUGAUCACAUUGACAUACCAAACGGCAAAGGCCCAAAGUUGAAAUACUCUAAACGCAAGUUCAUUGAUCUAUACCCUAUUCAAAUGUCUGCAGAGGUUUUUGACAAAAAUGGAGAAAGAUCAGCACUCACUAUCAACUUCGAUACAUAUACUCUGAUCUUGCAAUUAGGUGCAAUUUUGACAACUGUUCCAAACUGGAAGAAGACACAUAGAUUGAGAAUCGUUGUGUUUAUCGAAGACCCAAAUGAUAUCGAAAAUGAAACUCAGAGAAUUAAGCAGCUCAUAGAGGUUUUGAGAAUCAAGGCUGUUAUAAAAGUUGUUUGUUUGAGAGAUUUUAAACAUUACAAUACCAUUGUAAAGGGUUCUAAUAUCAGUCUAUCUGAAGUUGACAAGGUGUUGCAGGAUGAUGAUUGGUGGAGUGAGCUGAAAAGCGCAAGAGAAUCCGAAUUGGGUCUCGACACCAAUAUCAAUAUGCCUGGAAUAAGUAUAGUUACACCACAGGUUGUCGGUAGCCUUCAGAAUAAGCGUUACGGACUUUCCAAGUUACAGAAAAUGGGACUAUCAUUUAGCAUGACCACGAACAAGCUACAUGGCAGUAGCUUUGCGGAUGCUAUGGACUACGACUCUCAGAGUUCUGAAGAUGAGUACGACAACAGUUCGAGUACAAGCGAAGCAAUAGAUCAAAAUCGUGACAACUUUGAGAGAGUGAGAACAUCUGCUGGUACGGCUAAACGUUCUGUUGACAGCUCCCUGGAGAAUAUAAUAAAGACAAGCAAUAGCUCCAGAAGUUCUUCGAUAAAUACAUUCAACAAUUUAGCCAAGGCCAAAAAGAACCAGAUGUCGUACUUCUCCUCCGAGAAGAUCCCAAGGUCGAAGGUUAUUGAUGAUGCAUCUGGUGAUGAGCCAUCAAUAAUGCUUUUCCCAGAAGACUCCGCUAAGAAGAAGCGUGAGGAACUUCGGAAAUCUCGUAAUGGAAGUUCUGAUUCUAGACAGCGUAAGAAGUACGAAUUUGAUGUUCCAACUUCACCAGAUCCUGUUGAAGAGGUUGAAAUCGAUAUUAAUGAUCUUUCAUUCAACGAUCUACCAGCCAAGGCACAACAUUUGAUUUUGAAUGAUGUUAUGAGAACUGUCUCCAUGGAUGCACCAGUGAUAUUCUCCACUUUACCAACACCAGUGAUUGGAACGCACUAUGAGGAAGAGAAGUGCAAACAAUACAUGGAGAGUUUACAAAUUUGGACUGAAGGUUUACCACCGAUAAUGCUCAUAAACUCUCAAAGCAUGACUGUGACUACAGCGUUAUAGAAAGAGAUCUACCAUGUUGUGUAAUAUUUAUGAUAUUUAACCUGCUUUCACAAAUGUAAAUGCCAAGUAGAAGUAUGAAGUUGCUUCCGAUUCU